CCAGAGGGGCCUGAGUUUCGGGGUUUGGUAACAUAAAUCCUGCAGUUAGCUUAAUCCUUUUUUCUGUCCGUUGGAGAAAAGUAAAGGCGGAUAGGUUUUCUGCCUUGGUAAAACCAUGAAUCUUUGAUAUCGACAUUAGAGAUAUUGAUAUUCUUUUAUCCAAGAGUUUUCAUCCACAAACGUUUUUCCUAAGUUGCUAUAGGGAGGGUUUAGAGUUCGCCAAGCAAACUCAUGCCGGAACCCGAGAAGUCUGGGGAGCCAUCCCCAGUAAUUGAGGUUCCUGCACAACAAGACGAGGUGCGCUCAGUAGAGGCGCAACAACCUCAGCAGUCGCAAACGCAGGAAGAAUUCAAGGAGGGUGGCUAUGGUUGGAUUGUUGUUACCGCUGUCGCGAUCAUCAACGCUCAUUCCUGGGGUCUCAACUCGUCGUUUGCCGUCUUCUUAGCUCAUUACAUCAGAACAAAUGCCUACCAAACCACCGCUAUAGGCUAUGCCUUUAUAGGAGGACUCUCUCUCUCCGUCGCCUUCCUGAUCUCGCCGCUGGCGACAUUCCUAGUGGGAUGGGAGAAAUGCGGGACACGACCGACGAUCUUGCUCGGCGUGAUAUUUGAGACAGCCGCUUUCAUCGGCUCCUCAUUCGCCUCGGAGCUAUGGCACAUCAUCCUGGCCCAAGGCGUAUCCUUCGGCGUCGGCCUGGGUCUAAUGUUCGUGGCAUCAGCACCCGUGUCCUCGCAGUGGUUCUAUAAGAAGCGGUCGUACGCCCAGGGCUGGACGGCCGCGGGUUCGGGCUUCGGUGGCCUGGUUUACUCGCUCGCUACGAAUGCCAUGAUCGAAAAUCUCGGUCUGCCAUGGACAUUCCGCACGCUGGCGAUCAUCUGCUUCGUCGUGAACGGGAUCGCGACCUUCUUCAUCCGCGACCGCAACCACGCCGUCGGCUCCGUCCACAUCGCUUUCAACUGGGCGCUCUUCAAGCGCCCUUCUUUCAUCAUGUUCGAGCUGUGGAUGACCUUCUCCCUUAUCGGGUACAUCAUCCUCGUCUUUAGCAUCGUCGCCUACUGCCAGGUCGUGGGAUUGUCGGCUUCACAAGCUUCGCUCGUUGGCGCGCUGUUCAAUCUGGCGCAGGGAGUUGGACGCCCGGCUGUCGGUCUCUCAAGUGACAGCCUCGGCCGCUUCAACGUCGCCCAGCUGUGCACGCUGUGGUGCGGACUUCUGUGCUUAUUCGUGUGGAUGUUCGGCGCGAGGACAUACGCCGGGUGCAUCGUUUUCGCACUGCUUAGCGGCUCCGUGGCUGGCACGAUUUGGGCAGCGGUUACGCCGAUCUGUGCCGAAGUUGUUGGGCUUAAGAUGAUUCCCUCUGCACUCUCAAUCACCUGGCUCUUCCUCGUCCUUCCGGCUACUUUCGCCGAGGUUAUCGGCUUGAGUCUGCGCUCUCCAGGUUCUUGGGGUUACCGCAACGUACAGCUCUUCACGGCGUUCAUGUAUAUCGGCGCGUUCAUCUUUGGCUGGAUCUUGCGGGCUUGGAGAGUGUGGGAGGUCGAGCGGGUGCGGCUGGAUAAAGAGCAACGUGAGAUUACUGCCGGCGAAGAUGGUGUUGUGCCUUCGACGCAGUUAAGGCGCCACGCAAGUCGGGCGUCAACAGUGAAAGAGAAGGUGUUGCAUCUUAAGGGCCUUUGGUCUGUACAGCGCGUAUAAAGGGGCUAGAGAUAUUUGCUUAAUUCAUAUUCCAUUUCAGCUGACCAUAUUUAUGACCUUAUGCACAGCUGUGUAGUUAUAAAAUUAAUGUAGUGUCCUCCUCAUGGCCGUCACCUGAGCCAUACCUACUUUGCAUGGAGUCUGAUGUAUCACCUGUCAACAACAUUGUCUUUAAUAUGAUAAACCUAACGAAGCUAACGUGGCUGAUUAAAUAUACUAAUGCUGUCGUUAACGAGCAGCAUU